AUGGCUGGAACUUUGGAAAUCGUUUCGCGGAGUAGUGCCAGUAAAUGGACCAUUAAAGUCGCUUUGUUGCAUUUGAUAUCUCAUUCGGCUGGCGUUACAUCGUGCGGUGACGUUCACCUUGAAAUUUUAAUGUCAUUAAAUCCGAUCUCGAAAGGCCUCAUCGAAUGUUGCGUUUUCAGAUUGGGCCUGAUGUCGUCGUUGAUAGCGGGCCGAUAUCCGGUCGGGAUCGGCGUUGGCGGUGUGUUCUUUCCGUCGACGUUGCAACACCUUCACCAGCAGCAGCAACAUCAGCAUCACUCGCGGCUGGCGGCCGCGUCGUCGGCGUUGAGCAACGCGGUUCAAGUCACCGGCCAAUCGGACAUCGUCGAUGCCGACGGCAUCCGCGGCGUGUUACCCGGUGGUGCCGGUUGGCCGUUUCCAUGGAGGCCGACGCACGGCCUGCAGACGCUGGAACAUCCGUCGCCGAGCGACGUCGUCGGUACCCUGAGCCGUGUUAGUCCCGCUUCCGCCACCUUCCCCCAAAGGGACGAUCUGGACGACGAGAACGGGGAGGAGCGGCUGCAUCGGACACGGAGCCCGUCAACCGGCGACGAGGGACACGACGACCUAGGCGAGCAAGACGACUGCCCGGACGCGGACGGCGAAGGGGAAUCGACGAAUUCGACGAGCCUGCACGGUGGUAGCGGCGGCGGUGGCACAGGGAAUGGCGGCAACGGCGGUGGCGGCGGCGGCGGCGGUGGCGGACAAAACAGCGUGCAGGUUGGCGUGGACGGUCGCGACUCGAGUAGCAUGAAACGAAAGAAGAAGACGCGGACAGUGUUCUCGCGGUCGCAGGUGUUCCAAUUGGAGAGCACGUUCGACAUGAAACGCUACCUUUCGUCGUCCGAGCGCGCCGGUCUCGCCGCGUCGUUGCGGCUGACCGAGACUCAGGUGAAGAUCUGGUUCCAGAACCGUCGUAACAAGUGGAAGAGGCAGCUCGCCGCGGAACUCGAGGCGGCAAACAUGGCGCACGCGGCACAGAGGCUGGUCAGGGUGCCGAUACUGUAUCACGAGGCGUCCGCUGGAACCGGAACGUCCGGCAGUGUCUCGGUGUCGGUGGCUGCGCCGUCGGCGGCCGCUGCGCCAGCGUCGGUCGCCACGUCGGCGCUCUCGCACUCGGUCGGCGUCGGAGUCGGCGUCGGUGUCGGCGUCGGCACCUCCUGCCCCCCUACCACCGCCCAGCCGAUCUUCUACUCCCAUCACCAUCAGCACCACCAUCACCAUCCGGCUCACGUGCAGGCGCACACUCUCCUCCCCCACCAGGUACACCCACAACCGCCGCCUCCCCCGCCGCCCCCGCCUAACGGCCAACCACCCCAAUCCUCCUCGCAAUAA